AUUCUACACUCUGGAUGACAUAAUGAAUAUUAUCGAAUCAGAGAGUUGUGUGUUUGGAGCCAACAUCUACAUAUCACCUCCUCUGAACAAUGCUGAUUCAGAUGAAGACAGUGGAGAGGAAGACGAUGCAGACAUCAAUCAUCUGUCAAGAAAUCAACUUCUAGCAGAGACUGAGGGGCAACUGGAAGUUUUCAAUGAUGGUGGUAUAACCUCAGAAACCAUUUCAACUGAAGACUUUGGAGACAACACUAUACAUCAGUCAGCAGAUAACAACAGUCAAUCUACAAUAAUUGUUGAUGAAAGUGUUGAACAUCCACCUACAACUGUUGAUGAAACUAUUGAGCAUCAUAGUCAGAAAAAGAAAAAAAGGAGGAAGCUGGAUGGAACUUGUGAAAUACCAAAUCAUGAGAAUGUUACUCCACCUGAACCAAGAGUUGAAAAAGCCAGCUCUAGUAAGCAACCUAAGAAGAAUAAGAAGCAGAAUCGGAAUGAAAUGGAAUGGGAGAGAAAAGACAUCAAACCAAUUCACGAAAAAGAGUGGGAAAUCCCAGAUUGGCUGAUGAACUAUGGAAAAGAUCCUGUUGGGCUUUUUGAGCUAUUUUAUGACGAUGAAAUCAUUCAACUCAUUUGUAACCAGACUAACAUGUAUGCUGCUGAGAAAGGGCUUCCUUCCAACUACACUGCUGCCGAUAUCAGAUGUUUCAUUGGUAUUCUAUUGACAUCUGGGUAUUGUGAAGUACCUCGUGUUAAAAUGUAUUGGGAGAUGAAAGAUGAUGUUUGGAAUAAGGGAAUUGCUGAAGCUAUGCCAAGGAAUAAAUUUUUGUCUAUCAUGAGGUGUCUGCAUGUCUGUGAUAACAAUAAUUUGGACAAAGAUACAAAGUUUGCAAAAGUGGCACCACUUUGGAAAAAACUGAAUGAGCGUUGGUGUAGAUUCUUUGAUGGUGAAGCUCAUUUGAGUAUUGAUGAAACUAUGAUUCCUUAUUAUGGUCGACACAGUGCCAAACAGCAUAUUCAUGGAAAACCUAUACGAUUUGGGUACAAGGCAUGGAGUAUGUGUACAAGGUUAGGGUACCUAGUACAAGCCAAUCUCUAUGAAGGCUCCAAGUCUGGGAAUAAUUAUCCAGAGUUAGGAGUUGGGAGUUGGGGCAUCAUCUGUAGUGAACCUAUGCAAUGUUCUCCCUCCAAGAAAUGAUGGCUACAACUUUUACUUCGACAAUUUCUUCAGCUCAGUUGCUCUACUUCAAAAAAUUGAAAGAGAUGGGUCACACAGGAACAGGGACAAUUCGUGCAAACAGAAUCGAGAAGGCUCCACUUCCUGAUGUGAAAAAAAUUCAGAAAUUACCCAGAGGGUCUUAUGAGCAAGUCUCUGAAAAAAAUAGCAAUGUGACUCUGGUAAGAUACAACGACAAUAAUGUAGUGACUGUUGCUUCAACAGCAUAUGGAGUGAACCCCAUUGGUAGAGCUCGGCGUUGGAGUGCAGCAGAAAAAAAGCAUAUCAUGGUUGACCAACCAUCUUGUGUCGUUCUAUACAAUCAAUAUAUGGGAGGUGUGGAUAGGCUUGAUGAAAAUGUAUCGAAACUGAGAAUUGGUAUUCGUGGGAAAAAAUGGUAUUGGCAGCUAUUGAUGUUUCCAAUAAAUGCUUCAGUGAAUAAUGCCUGGCUCCUCUACCGCUUGACUAACGUGUACAAAGAUAAUCGCUUGGACCUUCUGUCAUUCACGCGAGAAAUAUCUCUCACUUACCUCAAAAAAUAUUCUUCUCGCUUAUCUCUGGGAAGACCAUUGAGAAAUGUUCUUGCCGUAGAUAAAAGAGUCACAACGGCAGUUAGAUUCGACAAUGA